AUGUCGCGCUCUGCAUUUCACUGGACCGCUCUUCCUCCAAGAAUACCUUCCCCUGCUCGCAGGCAUGCUGCACCCUCGGGUCCGUGGCCGUGGAUGGACCUUGACUCUGACUCCGAAACCGACGCUACGAAGGUGGCUUCUCCUAAUGGCUUCGCAACACCCCGAUCCCGAGACUCCCCAGACGCUUCAGAGUCUUCGCUGGAUGACUCCGAGCCCGAGGGUGCAUCACCUGGGUACACAGGAUAUCCACAACGCCAGUUUCCCAAUUGGUUGCCGGAACAGCUCAAGAGGAGUGGCAUAACAAAGGCGAUACAAGACAUGCCCGAAGCGCCUUGUGUUAUCCGCCACCUUGAUGUAUCAGAAAACGGGCAUUUCCAGCAUGGAAGAUUGCAUGCUAUAUUUGAUCGCCAAUUGGAAAGGGAUGAAUUUUGGGAGCUCAUGAACAAACCGCGGCCGUCACAGCUUAGGCUUCGAGGUUUGUUUGUACAGAAUCUCUCCGGACCAGUGCUGCAAAUGCUUGGGACUAGAUAUAAUAUCGAGCCUUUCUUCUUCUCGUCUUCGCUGAAUUGGAUACCUACUCGGUACCAAGAAGAUCUCCAACAUGGAGUCCGGGAUCACAUCACCAUUACUUUGAUGUUUAUACGAAGCAUCAAAGCUCCCAUCGACGUGCCGACUCCUGCAGCGGACUACGACUCAUAUAUCAAGAAGCUACCGCCACUAGAAGUUAAGAAUGUCAUUGAUACACAAGCACCGUUGGUGCUGCGCUCCGGUAAGCAUCAUCUAGUCGAUCCAACUACUUUGGUCCGACCCGUAACCAACUUCACAGUAAACAAAGUGCUUAUGCCAGACAUCCUCUCCGUCCACAUGGUACGAGAUGGCCCAAAUACGACACUGAUAUCCUACCAUGCCCCACCCCAAUAUCGAACUACGUCUUGCCGACAGCUCCACUCCAGGGUCUACAACGCUGGUCAAAGCGUAUACUGGAAUAAAAUCUUCAGGAAAUCUCCCGACCCGACGUUUGUUCUCUUAGCCGUGCUCUGGCAUGUGCUGUAUGCAUGGGAUGAGGCACUGCAAACCCUGUUCCAACAUAUCUGCUGGCUGGAAGCUAGUGUGUUCACAUCGGACACCGAUCUUACACAAGAGCUCUACAUCGUCCGUGCCUCAUUACUACACUAUUCAGCCUUACUAGAGGACUUCCGCAAAUCUGUCCGUUUCGUCAUGGACACACCUAACCCCGCUUUAAUAUCCAAGCUCACGGCAGAACAGCGCGAGGAGAGCCAGCAGCUCAUGGCUAAAGAGUGCAACCAUCUUCUCGCUGAAAUAGAACGACUUCAGAAAGGAAGGAGUAUGCAUGAUGACAGGCUCGGGAAUGUCAUGAACUUGGCCUUCGCCACCGUCAAUUUGGCGGACAGCAAGCGUAUGCAAGAUAUGACUGUCGCAACUGUCCGCGAUAGCUCCGUGAUGAAGCAGAUAUCAUACCUGACGAUGGUAUAUCUCCCUGCCUCCUUCGCAGCUUCCGCGUUCGGCAUGAAUAUCUCGGAAAUCGUUCCGGAUACCCAGGGCACCCUGGGGAGAUAUUUCGCGACAACAAUCCCACUCACACUGGUCACGAUCUGCAUCAUCAUGAUGCUCCGAGCGAAGGACCAUAGCGACGACCCCAGCGCCAGCAUAUGGACCAGGUUGUGGUGGCCUUCUGUCUUGAAGGUGAACUGGAGGAAGCGAAGGCAGGAAGAUGCCAGCGAGAAAGUUUAA